AUGGGUGGACGCAAGACGGGCGAUGACGGUCACACCCUUUGGGCCGGCUACCAUACCGUGCCCCGCAAAAAGUUGGAACCCAGCUGCAAAAAUCGUCGCAAGCCAUUCUACACGCCCACCAUGCUGCUUCUCACGACAUGCUUGACUUUCGUUGACACAUUUACCGUCGGACUUGUCAAUCCCGUCUACCCGCAGCUCGUACAGAGCAAAGUCAUCGGCGCCACCUCUUACGCCAUGAUUAUGAGCGCGGCGAAUGCUGCAGCACUCGCCGGAUCCACGCUCUUCGGCCGGCUCUCCGAUCUUCACGGCCGGCGCGUGGCAAUCAUUGCGAGCACGUGCACCGCCUCGCUCGGUUACCUGUGCUACUUUGUCGGCUUCGCAUGCGAAGGCCACUCCGAUGUUCUGCGCCUCGCACUGCCCGCCGCUGGCCGCGUCGUCGGCGGGAUGGGCC